AUGUCGAUUUUAUACGAAGACGAAUUUGUGCGAUUGGGACAAUUCACAUUGUUCGUCAAAAAUUAUCAAUUUCCGAGCAAGAAAAUGAAGGCGAUCUCGUUGGAAGCAAUUACCACUCUUUGGUUUGAGGUGAGCUAGAGAAUUUGAAAUUUUUAUUCAAAAUUUAAAAAUUGGAUUUUUAUAGGAGCAAGAAACUUGCAAGAGCACUACAACGAAAAUUUGGGGAAAAGCUUCGUCGGCUAGUAUUUAUUGGGCACUUGAUGUUAAAAGGUAAAAAAUUUUUAGAGAAGAAAUGUAAAUUUCUAGACUUGAUUAUUUGACAUAAAAGCUCUAAAGGUGUCCAAGAGCCGAAAAUCCUAUUUUUGAAUUCAAAAUCAUUAGAUUUUUAAGGUGUGAAACUUUCGAAUUUUUUAAAAAACUUUCUGAAAAUUUCUCAAACUUCUGGAGAUAUAGCACUGAUUUAUUAUUUUUCAAAAAACAAACCAUUUUGAUCAGAAACUCGGAGCUCUCCCCAUAAAAAUUACAAAAAUUGUCCUUUCUAGUUUUUGAAAACUUUUUUUCGAUGAUCUAAAUUUUCCAAAUUUGGAUUCUACACCUUUUCAAUUUUUCCCCGGAAAUAAUCUGAAUAAUUGUUUACCACACACCACAAAAAUAGAAAUACCCGAAUGAAUAGGCGAUUAAUCAGCCAGCCACUCAAGAUUAUUUUUCCGUUUUUUUUCUCUCAAACAAAAAAUGAUAUCAUUAAUCAUUUUCUAUAAUUCAAUGACGCAUUAUCUUAAACUUUUCUUCUUUUUCAGAUCAAUUGGUGGUUUAUCACCUCGUUCGCCUGCAAAAUCAAAUGUUGUCAUCGAAAUUGGCGCCAAACUUCGAGUUGGAUUCUCGGUGGAGAAUAUUGAUGAAUUUAUGGAAGCUAUUCGAACACUUUUGGAUUAUCAUGUUAUUAUUGUGAAUUAUAUUAAUUUACCUUGA